UACAGUAGUCGUCUUGUCUCUGGUCUGUCUUUCGUCCUCUUCUCCAAACACAGUUGUCAGCAGGCUACAGUCCAGCAGAGAUAAAGAUGCCCUUCAUCAACGUCCAGAGUAAUUUACCGGCCAGCUCCUUCUCGGAGGACUUUCUGAAGAGCCUGUGCUCCUCCGCCGCUGCUGCUCUGGGCAAACCGGAGGACAGGAUGAACAUCGUGGUGACGCCCGGACUGCCCAUGCUGAUCUCUGGCUCGUGCUCUCCGUGCGUGAUGCUGUCGGUGUCCGCCAUCGGCGUGACCGACACUGCUGACAAGAACAAGGAGCACAGCGCCAAGAUCUUUGAGUUUCUGACCAAAGAGCUGGGUCUGACUGAGGACAGGGUCGUCAUUCAGUUCCACGCGCUGCAGCCUCACCAGGUCGGGAAGAAGGGAACCGUCAUGAGCUUCUUGUGAAAGACGAUGUGGUGGAUACAUCUCACGGCUUCAUUCCAGACAGGAUGGAUUUAUAUGAACCACACAAUGAAGUAAAGAUAGUCAUUUUAAGGUCACGUACUGUAUUUUUAUAUCAGAUCCACAUACUCUAACUGGCACAACUGCAGUUAUUCCUAAAGCUGUAAAACAUGAUGCAAUAAUGUCGAUUUUUAAUGAUUAAAAGACCUGUCGUUUUUAUCAUUCCCAAAAUCAUCAUAUGAAAUUCAUGAAGACAAAUUCUGACUUUUGCACAGUAAAUGUAACUGUAUUUACAUUUUUAAGUUUCCUUUCACCCCUUAAAAUCAAGAAAGCCUUGUGACCCCACUCGUGAAGCUUUGGUGACCUCUAGUGGGGGUUGGGAACCUGAGGUUGGUAACCACAGGACGAACUGCUGGUUUGAAGCUAGCUGACAUGAAGAAAUUCCUUAACCUGUUGUUUGGUAAAUUUGUCUCCGGCAGGUUUGGAUGAACGCUUCCAUUUGUUGAUGGAAUUAAAGAGAAAUAAACGGGCACUUGAAUGCAUCACCUGGAAAAA